UUUUUUAAAUAAAAUUUUGAUAAUCUGUCUGCACGGUGCAUUUUUUACAUUUAUUUUUAACAAGAAAUUAAGUGUAAUUUCGAAAAAGAAUAGAAAUAAGUUUUAAAAAAAAAUAAUUAAAAAAUUCAAAUUCAUUGAAAUUAAUGUUAAAAUCAAAAAAUAUGGAAAAGAAAAAACGUCGUAAUAAAAGUGAUUAUGGUGAUGAUUUUAUAGCACCAGAUGGUGGUUGGGGUUGGUUAGUUUCGAUUGCAGCUGGAAUUGCAUAUGUUACCGUUAUUGGAUUUGUACAAAUUUUUGGUUUAUUAUUUCGUGAUCGUAUGCAAGAAAUUGGUUUAGAAAAUUCACAAAUUACAGCAAUUGGAAAUACACAAGUUGCAUUAUCAUCUUGUAUAGGAUUGUUUAAUGGACCGCUUUUUAGAAGAUUCACAUAUCGACAAAUCGGAAUAAUGGGAUCUGUUCUGUCAACAACUGGAAUUUUUUUAACAUCAUUUGCAUCAUCAUUCAUUUCAUUUUUUGUUCCUUAUUCUAUAUUAUUUGGAUUUGGUAUGGGAUUUGUCAUAUCAGCUGCAACAAUAGCAUUAAAUACAUAUUUUAAAAUAAAAAGACCUGUUGCUUCUAGUAUAGCAUGGGCAAUUGCUGGUUUAGGUCCAGUAUGUUUACCAAUGGUUAUUGCUGUAAUACUACCAUUAUAUGGUUAUACUGGAACAAUGUUAUUAUUUACAUUAUUUACAUUACAUAAUUUACCAAGCGCUUUAGUAUAUCAACCAGUAUUAUGGCAUGUAAAAAAAAUUCCAUCACAACAAUUUAUUUUAAAUAAGGAAGAAGAUGAAAUCAAAUUAAAAAUACCACUCAAUAAUAAUAAAAAUGACUGUGAUAUUAAGAAUAUUAAUAAUAAUAAUAAUAAUAGUAGUAACAAUGAUAAUAAUAAUAAUAAUAAUAAUAAUAACAAUAAUAUUGAUAAUACAAAUGAAAAUAAAAAUAUUGAUGAUAAUAGUGAUAAUGAAAAUGAAAAAACUGACAAUAUAACACCUUUAUUAAAUGAUGAUAUUGUAACAACACAAUAUAAGGAUAAUAAGUUGGCAAAUAUAACGAAUGGAUCAACUAUUAAGGACGAUAAUCAAUCAGUUAAAAGUUUUUUCGUUUCAACUGAAAAUAUAGUACAAUUAAAUUUUCGUAAAUCACGGGAUCCUGUAUUAGAUGUAGAAAAAUUCAAUGAAAAAAAAUUUUCACCGAAAAUUCCAUGGACUAAGAAAUUAAUUAAAUAUUUUGAUUUAGAUUUAUUUAAAGAUUUCACAUAUAUUAAUUUUAUGAUUGGUUUAACAUUAACUGCUUUCUCUGAAGUUAAUAUAGCUUUACUUACACCAUUCUUUUUAUCAGAUUUUGGUUUUACAUUAAAAGAAAUAACAAUAAUUAUGUCAAGUUUAGGUGUAACUGAUUUAAUUGUACGUUUAUCAACAUCAUAUAUUUCAAGUAAAUUAACAUGGUCCGGUCCAAUGUUUUAUAUAUGUGGUGUUUUAACAAUGGUAUUUGCUCGUUCUAUAAUAGCUUUAGCACCAAGUUUUAAUAUUGUAUUAUUAAUGUUUAUAAUAAUGGGAGCUGGUAAAUCAUGGAGAACAAUAUUUUUAAAUUUAGUAAUUGCAAGCCAUAUUGAAUUGAAUAGAUUACCAGCUGCACAAGGUUUACAAUUAAUGACACAAGGUAUUUUUGCACUUGCAUGCGGUCCAAUUGUAGGUUUAGUAAGAGAUGCAACUAACUAUACAGUAACAAUAUAUAUUUUGAAUAUAAUUUCAAUAGUACCAAUGAUGUCAUGGAUUUUAGAAAUGUUAUACAGAAAAUAUCGAACCAAAGCACAUUCAUCAAUAGAGAAUAAGGUUUAGAAAUUUUAUAUUGCAUUUUAGAAAAAUUACAAAUAGUAUUUUGUUAGAUAUAAAUUUAAUUAGAAAAUUUAUAAAUAAUAUUCCAAUUGUGUAGAUGAAAAUAAAUUUAUGAUAAAUAGAAUUUAAUUAAUAAAAUUAACAAUACAUAAUAGGUUACCAAAAAUAUGAGAUUUAGUUUUAUUGAUUAUCCCAAAAAUUUAUUGUUAUAAUGCUUAUACAUAAUAAAUGUAAAAUAAAGGCAGUGCUAUCACUUGUAUAUUUAUUGGGCUUGCAUGCUUGUAUACUAUUACGCCAUGCACUUUUAUAAUUAUUGCCUACUAAGAUUUUAUAGUUUAAUUACAUGCAAAUUUACAUUUAACGAUAUUCAUUUCUAAUUAUAUACAUAUGUAGUUUUC